AUGGCUCAGGAUAGCGAAGUGCCCAAGGCGGCGGACAAGGGCAAGGGAAAGGCCGUCGAUGAUGCGAAGAAGGAUAAGCAGCAGGAGAAUGGAAAGAAGGAGGACGACAAGAUCGAGACCGCCGAGGAGGAGCUCAGCGAGGAGGACCAGCAACUCAAGAAUGAGCUCGACAUGAUGGUCGAGCGUUUGACGGAGUCGGACUCGUCGCUCUACAAACCCGCCCUGGAAGCGAUGAAGACCUCCAUAAAGACAUCGACAUCAUCCAUGACAGCAGUGCCGAAGCCCUUGAAGUUCCUGCGACCACACUACGAGACUUUGACAAAGCUCUACGAAGAAUGGCCCGCGACCGAUGACAGGACAUCAUUGGCCGAUGUUCUCUCCGUCAUCGGUAUGACCUUUUCGGACGAGGACCGACAAGACACACUCAAGUACCGCCUCCUAGCACCCACCUCCGACAUUGGCUCGUGGGGCCACGAGUACACCAGGCACCUGGCGCUGGAGAUUGGUGAGGUGUAUGCCAAGCGCAUUGUGCACGAUGAACCCGUCAAGGACCUGAUCGACCUCGCACAGCACUUGGUCCCCCUCUUCCUGAAGAGCAACGCCGAGGCUGAUGCCGUGGAUCUCAUGAGCGAACUUGAGAUCAUCGAGGAGAUUCCCCAUUUCGUCGACGAGAACACGUACGCGCGAGUGUGCCUCUACAUGGUCAGCAUGGUCAACCUCCUCACCUAUCCCGACAACGAGACCUUCCUCAAGACCGCCCACAACAUCUACAUGGAGUACAAGCAGUUCGCACAGGCCAUGGUUCUUGCGAUUCGGCUCCACGAUGUCGAACUCAUCAAGGACGACUUCUACAAGGCCAAAGACCCUGCUCUUAAGAAGCAACUCGCAUUUCUCAUUGGCCGCCAGCGAAUAGCUCUGGACUAUCCUGAGGACACACUGGACGACCAGGAAAUCGCAGAGUGCCUAUCCAACUCCAAGUUGUCUGGCCACUUCAAGUCACUAGGUAAAGAGCUUAACAUCCUCGAGCCCAAGAGUACCGAGGAUAUCUACAAGAGCCAUCUUGAGAGCAGCCGGGUAGCGGGAAUGACCAACCUGGACUCGGCCCGACAUAACCUGGCCGCAGCGUUCGUCAACGCCUUUGUCAAUGCCGGCUUCGGUAACGACAAGAUGAUGCUGAUCGACGGCGAGAAGGAGACAUGGGUGUGGAAGACCAAGGCAGACGGUAUGAUGUCUACCGUCGCAUCCAUGGGAACCCUCUUGAUGUGGGACACUGAGAACGGUCUCGAUAAGAUCGACAAGUACACCUAUUCUAGUGAGAAGGAAAUCUCGGCGGGUGCUAUGCUUGCCAUUGGCAUUAUCAACUCGGGAGUCCAGAUGGAGGCUGAGCCUGCCCUGGCCAUUCUGGGUGACAAUGACAAGCUAAACAACCCCGAUCCCCUCAUCCGAACAGCUUGUAUCAUGGGUCUUGGUCUCGCAUACGCCGGCUCCAACAAGGAAGUCGUCCUCGAGCUCCUUCUGCCCAUCAUCUCGGAUUCGACCCAAGACAUGCAGAUUUCGGCCAUGGCUGCUCUGAGCUGUGGUCUCAUCUUCACCGGAUCUUCGCACCCUGAAAUCAGCGAGGCCAUCGUUACAACAUUGAUGGACGAUGAUCGCAAGAGCCAGCUGACGGACAAGUGGACCCGAUUUUUGGCUCUUGGCCUGGGUCUCCUCUUCUUUGGCCGACAAGAAGAGGUUGAUGUUAUCCUUGAGACCCUCAAGGCUAUCGAGCACCCCAUGGCAGAAGCCACGGCCGUGAUGGCCGAGAUCUGCGCCUGGGCAGGCACAGGUGCCGUCCUCAAGAUCCAAGAGCUUCUCCACAUUUGCAAUGAGCACAAGGAGGAGUCUGACGAGAAGAAAGGAGACGAGCUUCUGCAGGCCUAUGCUGUCCUUGGAAUUGCCCUGGUGGCCAUGGGUGAGGACAUCGGCCAGGAGAUGGUGUUGCGACAGUUUGGCCACCUCAUGCACUACGGCGAGCCCAACAUCCGAAAAGCCGUGCCCUUGGCUAUGGGUCUGAUCAGCCCAAGCAACCCCCAGAUGAAGGUUUACGAUACCCUUUCAAGAUACAGCCACGACAAUGACCCCGAGGUGGCCAUCAACGCCAUCUUCGCCAUGGGUAUCCUGGGUGCCGGUACCAACAACGCCCGACUUGCACAGCUACUUCGACAGCUUGCCAGCUAUUACCACCGCGACCAAGACGCCCUGUUCAUGGUCCGUAUCGCGCAGGGUCUGCUUCACAUGGGCAAGGGAACUCUGUCAAUCAGCCCCUUCCACACAGACCGCCAGGUCCUGUCCCGUGUCGCGGCUGCCGGUCUCCUGGCCACGCUCGUUGCUAUGAUCGAACCCAAGGACUUCAUCACCUCCCAAUCCCACUACCUCCUGUACUUCCUCGUCACCGCCAUGCACCCCCGUUUCCUCGUCACCCUGGACGAGAACCUCGAGCCUCUCAAGGUCAACGUCCGCGUUGGUCAGGCCGUCGAUGUUGUCGGCCAGGCUGGACGACCCAAGACCAUUACUGGUUGGCAGACUCAGAGCACCCCUGUGGUGCUUGGACAUGGCGAGCGUGCCGAGCUUGAGGACGAGGAGUACAUCAGCCUCAACAGCACCCUCGAGGGCUUGGUGAUUCUGCGGAAGAACCCCGAGUGGGAAAAUGAGAAAUAA